GCGACCAGGAACCGGAAGUGUCGAGUCGGGCGCUGCGGGAAGGCUCGCCGCGUCGCUUGGCUCCGCCGGGGCCUGUUUUCGGGAGGGAUUCUCGCCGCCGCAGAGGCGACCGGCCCUGAAGGAGCGGCGGAGGCGCUGCGGAAUCGCCUUCGGCCUGGGAGGCCGGCCCGGGAAGCCGCUGCCGGUCGGGGACUCGAGUCGGGCGACGCGGGGCGGCCUCGUUUGCCCGGUUAGGUGCGGGCUUACUCUGAGGAGGCGGACGGGGAAGAGCGAGUUCGCGGAGAGGGAGCCGUGCUGGCGGUUUAGCAAGGCGUGGGAGCGCCAGAUGUGCAUUGGACUGUGAAGUGGAUCAUAACAGAUUUAACAAUCCUUGAUCAUACUCUGUACCUACUGAAGCUGCAGAUUGGCUACAUUUCCCAUUCAGUCAUGUCUUAUGUCUUUGUAAACGAUUCUUCACAAACAAAUGUGCCUCUGCUACAAGCUUGCAUUGAUGGAGAUUUUAACUAUUCAAAAAGGCUAUUGGAGAGUGGCUUUGACCCAAACAUCCGGGACAGCCGUGGCCGAACAGGUCUUCAUUUAGCAGCAGCUCGAGGAAAUGUUGAUAUUGCUCAGUUAUUGCACAAAUUUGGGGGUGAUCUUUUGGCUACAGAUUACCAAGGUAACACAGCCCUUCACUUGUGUGGACAUGUUGAUACCAUUCAAUUCCUUGUCUCCAAUGGACUCAAGAUAGAUAUUUGCAAUCAUCAAGGUGCAACACCUCUUGUCCUGGCAAAACGAAGAGGAGUAAAUAAAGAUGUGAUUCGAUUGCUUGAAUCUUUGGAAGAACAAGAAGUGAAAGGGUUCAACAGAGGAGCACACUCAAAGCUGGAAACGAUGCAGACUGCUGAAAGUGAAAGCGCCAUGGAAAGCCACUCCCUCCUCAACCCCAACCUGCAACAAGGGGAAGGUGUUCUUUCCAGCUUCCGAACAACAUGGCAAGAAUUUGUAGAGGACCUUGGCUUUUGGAGAGUGCUGCUCUUGCUUGUAGUCAUUGCUUUGCUGUCUCUUGGAAUUGCAUACUAUGUUAGUGGAGUGCUUCCCUUUGUGGAAAACCAGCCUGAGUUGCUGCAUUAAAGGCAGCAUAAAUUAAUAGUGUUCUUACUACUACUUGUAAAUUCUCACUUUGUUCUCUGUCGGGCAGAUGUUGGCAGCCGCAUGUAAUGUUUAUACACACAGCCCCCCCCACACACAUAUUGUAAAGAAGCCUUUUCAAAAAUAAGGAUACAUUAGUCUUAGCUACAUGUUACUGAGUUAAGGUACUCAUGAGCUGCAUUUAACAUGUUUUGGGAUUAUUAGUUGUAAUCCCCACUGAUAAAAUACGACAAUACAAAGAAGCGAUGGAAAGCUUGUCCUUGAUAUGGCAGAUAUAUAUAUAUUCAGGAGACCAAUUUGUCAGAAUGUCUCUAAAAAUUGUUGUUAUGGAAUCAGGUCUUUCACUGUGGGUCUUUAAAGAUGGUUACUUUUUACAGUUACAAGGAAUUUCCUGGUGAUAGUUUUCUGCAGAAAAAUAAAUUAAUUUAUAAGCAUGUAUCUUUUUUUCAAGAAGCAGCACUUGAGAAUUUUUGCACUUCUACAAUUUUAACUUGAAAUAUUUACAGUUUUUCAUUUCUUUGGAACAAGACCAAUAUUUAGUUAAUCCAGAUGAAUUAGGAAAUAUCAAUACUUAUUGUUUUAAUAAGAACUAAAUAAAAUUUUUUUGGACUUUAGGGUUUUUUUUUUCCAAUUGGGAGAAACUCUCUUUUUCUUAGAAGUUAGCAAAAGUUAUCUUAAUGGCUUGAAAAACUGAGUAGAGAUAUUGUGCAAAAGUUGUGAAAUAAUUUAAUAAGAAUUAGAAAAAACAUAUCUCAUGUUCCAUUAGGAGGCAUGAUUGUAGAAAGGUUUAUAUUACCCUAACAUACUGUAAGCUUUGGAAUGAUUUUUCAAGCAAUUUAAUUGGAACGAACUCAGUGUCCUAACAUCUUAAUAUAUGGAUUAUUGUAUAUGUAAACUGAGACCUGUCUUAAAACUAUAAAGUAAGUAAUAUAUCUAAAUAUAAGAUCUACACUCACUAAGAUUAUCUAACUAAGAUUGAUGGUUCAGGCACAUUAAUAGUGCAUGAGGCAAUCUGUCUAGUGUUUUGCUAAACUGAAAAUGCUGUGUGAGAAUGCAUUCAGAUGUGCAAGAGCAUGCAUUGUCUCAUAGAGUUCUAUUUAUACCCAGGCAAGAGAGAAAAUUAUUGCUGAUCUCUCUUCUUUUAUAUCCCAGUAAGUAAUUAAUUAACUAUGUUUAAAAUCUAGAAACUAAAACAAAUAAUUGAUUAGUUUAUUUCACAGUGAGUAAGUUCUUCAUAUUCGUUCUGACAGCUAUCUGAAGAAAUGUAUAUUUGUGGCAAGGUAUAGUCUUCUGUGUAAAAUGUUUUGUGAUACCUUUUUUUCAUUUAACGUUGAAGGAAAUAUUGGAAAUGGACUACUUGUACCCCAGUUUUAGAAUCUCUUUUAAUAUGUUAUAUAGGACCUGAACAUGAUCCAGCCAAAGUUACAACUUUAAGUGCAUGUUGAUUUACAAGUAAUUUACCAUUUCUUUUCUUGAAGAUUAUAGGAUCUUUUUAAAACAAACAGCAAAUUCAAGGAGACUGCAAACAUGAAUAGAUUAAUUACUCAAAUGUUAAUUCAGCAGAAAUAUGAUAUAAACAACUAGGGGAAUUAUAGGUUUUGGGGGUCAUUUUCCUAAAAAGUAAACAUUCAUGUUAUGGUAUUUCUUUUCUACUUUACACUGUAUAACUAUUAACUUAAUUAUUAAUUGUAUUCUAAGCAUGCCAAGGUAUUCCAAAUAAACAUGUAUAAACUA